GUUCACAACCAUGGUUUCCACUGCUGCCCAUCGUCAGACCUUCAUCAAAAGUGUUAUCACCUUCCUGCGUCACUACGAUGAUGGUCUGGAUAUCGACUAGGAGUACCCUGGUUCUCGCGGCUCCCCACCUCAGGAUAAGGAGCGUUUCACGGUCUUGCUACAGGAGUUGAUGAGAGCCUUUGAGGAGGAGGGAAAGAAGACAAACCGUCCUCGUCUGUUGCUGAUUGCUGCUGUCUCUGCUCGAAAGGAGACGAUUGACUCUGCAUACCAGAUUGCCCAGAUUGGAGCUGUGCUGGACUACAUCCAUGUUAUGACCUAUGACUUCCAUGGUUUGUGGGAACAUAAUGUUGGAGAGAACAGCCCUCUCUAUAAGGGCCCUAGUGACCAGGGAUCCAUGAUCUACUACAACGUGGACUAUGCUAUGAAUUACUGGAAGAACAAUGGUGCCCCAGCUGAGAAGCUGCUGGUUGGUUUCCCCACUUUUGGCCACACUUUCCACCUGGCCUCCUCUAACACAACUGUGGGAGCUCCUGCCAGGGGACCUGGACCUGCUGGACAUUUCACUCGUCAGACUGGAUUCUUGGCCUACUACGAGAUCUGCACCUUCCUGAAGGAAGGAGCCACACAGGCUUGGGACAACGCCCAGAAUGUGCCCUAUGCCUAUAACCAGGGAGUCUGGGUUGGAUAUGACAAUAUUAAGAGCUUCCAGGCAAAGACUGAGUGGUUGAAGCAUUACGGUUUUGGUGGAGCUGUGGUAUGGACUUUGGCUUUGGACGACUUCACCGGCAUGUUUUGCGGCCAGGGGCGAAACCCACUCAUCAACACUCUAAAAAGUGGACUAGGAACUUAAUCUUCCUGCAAAGCUCAGCCUAACCCCCCACAUGCAGUCGCACCAAGCCAGCAGCCCAGUGGAGGCACCACAGGAUCUGGCUUCUGUGCUGGCAAGCAGAACGGACUCUUCCCUGACCCGACCGACAAGAAGAAAUUCUACAAGUGUAACCAAGGACAAACCGACGUCCAAUACUGCACUGCCGGCCAGGUGUUUGAUGACAGCUGCAAAUGCUGCACCCGCUCUCAGUGAAAUGAAUGAACCUAUGAGCUGGGUAAACAAUCCACUAACCCACCAACACAGAGAAUGGCUGUGUAACACCUGCCAUUGAUUUAACCUAAA